AUGAGGCUGCUCCUCUUUCUCUUUGCUGCUCUCUGCUUUCUGGCCCCAGCCAGGAACACAUUUUUUGAUGAGAAAUGCUACAGGCUUAAAGGGAGAUGCACGCAUUCUUGCCAGAAAAAUGAAGAACUCGUUGCUCUCUGCCAGAAGUUUCUGAGAUGCUGUCUGACCCUCCAGCCAUGCCAGAAGAAUGAACAGGAGUGGUCGGUCUGAAGACUUACUCUUCCCAGAGCAACACACAUGGGCUUCAUCUCCCUUUCACUCUGGCCUCUUCAGUGAGAAGACACAUCAGUAAAAAUAAAUGACUGCCUUUUACCAGCUUGUCAGUGUGUCACUAAGCCCUCAGGGGCUGCUUACUGCUCUAGGCCAAGGCCCAGGAUCCCAUCUCCCCUCUGGCCUCCCCCAAGUCUCCUCUGCUUGAUUCCAGCCUCAGCCAUGUGCUCAAAGCUGGUUACAAAGCACAUGCUCUGGGCCUGGUACCCAGAGAGCGUAGAGUGAUAAGUGUCCUCCUCCUCGGGGAACUUUGAAUCCCAUUGACCAAAUCACAAAAAAAAAAAAAAAAAAUUGUGACUGCAAGCUGGGAUGGAUGUUAAGAAGGAAUUUAAAACAUUGCACAGGGAGGGCUGUAGUUCUGGGGCCCUUGACUGUGGGAGGAGGGUGUGGAAGGUUUCCCGGACAUUUUGACAUUGAGGUUGGGAGCUGCCCGUUCAAAGGGGUCAUUCGUGGG